GCCAUCCUAGAAUCAACUUAUCAUCGACCAACCCGCCGCCAUGCCGCCCUCCACCGCGACCAAACUCGCCUCGGGCAAGUCCAAGUCCAAGCUCAUCACCCUCCACCUUCCCCCCUCGCUCCUCGAUCGAUUUCCAUCCGACAAGUCCUCCGAGGCGACCUCUAAGUCGUCGCCGUCCGCCGACCUGUCCACUAAAGAAGUGACGCCCAGCAGCGUCGAGGAGGAGGCCAAAGCAGCUGGUUCAUCCGAGUCGAACGGCACGCCAGCUCCGACGAACGGCGAUGCGAAUGCUGCGAACGGCGAGGACGACGCGGCGCAGGCGGCUCGGAGCAAGGGGAUGCCGGGACCGAAGCCCGGUUCGAAGAGGAGUAGUGCUGCGCUGGAUGGAGCGCCGAAGCCUCGAGGUAGGCCAGGGCCGAAGAAGAAGCCACGCAUGUAAGUAUUCAUGGCGGUAUUACCCGGCGAACUCAUCAACGGCGAAAUCUACAAAGGCCCCACUCCCACAACCCACGGCCCCAAACUCGGCCCCAAAGCCAACCAAGGCGCCAUCAACGCCGGCCUCCGCGCCCUCGACCGCACCGGAAAGCCGUGCCGCAAAUGGGAGCGGAAAGGCUUCUCCGUCAA